AAUGUUGUGUAACUCGUUGCAGGGAAUGACGAUAUUGACGAUGUCAGCAUCUAUUCAUGGUCUAAAACCAGCUUGCAAAAACAACGUUUGCCAUCCGACGGGAUUGCAAACUGGAGUGUUCUUUCUAGGACUGUACUUGAUAGCCCUGGGAACCGGAGGGAUUAAACCUUGUCUUUCAUCCUUUGGUGCAGAUCAGUUCGAUGACUCUAAUGGGGCGGUAAAGAAAAAGAAGAGCUCUUUCUUCAAUUGGUUCUAUUUUUCAGUCAAUAUUGGUGCCCUUGUUGCUGGCUCCGUCCUUGUCUGGAUACAAACCAAUGUAGGAUGGGCUUGGGGGUUUGGCAUUCCAGCUGUUGCUAUGGCGAUUGCAGUUGCAAGUUUCUUUUCAGGUACUAGGCUCAGAAACCAGAAACCAGGAGGGAGUCCCCUGACCCGCAUCUUCCAGGUUCUAGUUGCUUCCUUCAGGAAAGUUCGGGUAGAAGUACCUGCUUACAAGUCUCUUCUAUUUGAGACUGCGGAUGAGGAAUCUGCUGUCAAAGGAAGCCGCAAGCUUGAUCACACAAAGCAGUUGAGUUUCUUUGACAAGGCAGCUGUGGAGACUUCGUCUGAUCGAAUCAAAGGAUCCAUAAAUCCAUGGAGACUGUGCACUGUAACCCAAGUAGAAGAGCUUAAAUCCAUCGUAAGAUUACUUCCUGUAUGGGCCACAGGUAUAAUCUUUUCUGCUGUAUACAGUCAAAUGGGCACAUUAUUCGUCCUGCAAGGCAACACUAUGGACCUUCACAUGGGAGGAUCAUUCGAGAUCCCUUCAGCUUCACUUUCCCUCUUCGACACAAUCAGUGUCAUCUUCUGGGUUCCAGUUUAUGACCGUUUCAUUGUUCCACUCGCGAGAAAGUUCACCGGCCAUAAAAAUGGAUUCACUCAACUUCAACGCAUAGCAAUUGGCCUUGUCAUUUCCAUCUUUGCCAUGUUGGCUGCUGGCACUUUGGAGCUUGUCAGGCUCCGCCAAGUGAAGAAGCACAAUUACUACGAGCUUAAGCACAUGCCAAAGUCAAUAUUUUGGCAGGUUCCCCAGUACUUCAUCAUAGGCUGUGCUGAAGUUUUCACCUUUAUUGGGCAAUUGGAGUUCUUCUAUGAGCAAGCCCCAGAUGCCAUGAGGAGGCUGUGCUCUGCUCUCUCACUUACAACAGCUGCCUUGGGAAACUAUCUGAGCACAUUGCUUGUCAAUAUCGUGACGGAUUUCAGCACCAGGCACGGUAAUCCUGGCUGGAUACCAGACAACUUGAACUACGGUCAUCUUCACUACUUUUUCUGGCUUCUGGCUGUGUUAAGCUUAUUGAUUCCAAGCCUUCAAGGGUAGAAAGGUUGCUCCAUAGAUAAGAUGGGAGAAGAUGAUAUCUAUACAAAUGAUGGGACAGUGGAUAUCCAUAAGAAUCCUGCCAACAAGAGUAAAACUGGGAAUUGGAAAGCCUGCCGAUUCAUUCUUGGAAAUGAAUGUUGUGAACGUUUGGCAUACUAUGGGAUGGGGACCAAUUUGGUGAACUAUCUUGAACAGCGUCUCAAUCAGGGAAAUGUGACUGCAUCAAACAAUGUCACAAAUUGGUCAGGGACCUGCUACAUUACACCGUUGAUUGGGGCUUUUCUAGCUGAUGCAUAUUUGGGAAGAUAUUGGACAAUUGCUGGUUUCUCAAUCAUCUAUGUCCUUGGUAUGACACUCUUAACAUUGUCUGCUUCUGUCACUGGACUAAAGCCAUCAUGCAAUGGGGAUGUCUGCCACCCAACAGCAUCACAAUCUGCAGUCUUCUUUGUAGCCUUAUACAUGAUUGCUCUUGGUACUGGUGGAAUUAAGCCAUGUGUCUCGUCGUUUGGUGCUGAUCAGUUUGAUGAAACUGACGACAUUGAGAGGAAGAAGAAGAGCUCUUUCUUUAACUGGUUUUACUUCUCAAUCAAUAUUGGAGCACUUGUCGCUUCCUCAGUUCUAGUAUGGAUACAAAUGAAUGUUGGUUGGGGCUGGGGUUUUGGAAUCCCAGCAGCCGCAAUGGCCAUUGCGGUUGUAUUCUUCUUUUCUGGGAGUCGAAUGUAUCGCCUCCAAAGACCUGGGGGGAGUCCACUUACAAGGAUAUUUCAGGUUAUAGUUUCAUCCUUUAGAAAACUUAAUGUGAAAGUCCCUGCUGAUGAAUCCCUUCUUUAUGAGACUGCUGACCAGGAAUGCAGUAUUCAAGGAAGCCGAAAACUAGAGCACACAGAUAAGUUAAAGUUCUUUGACAAGGCUGCUGUAGAGACCCAAACUGACUAUGUUAAGGGCUCGGUAAAUCCAUGGAGACUAUGCACGGUAACUGAAGUUGAGGAGCUCAAAUCCAUUAUCAGGUUGCUUCCAAUAUGGGCAUCCGGAAUUGUGUUUGCUACUGUUUACAGUCAAAUGAGCACUAUGUUUGUUUUACAAGGCAACACAAUGGAUCAACACAUGGGUCCGCACUUCAAGAUCCCUUCUGCAUCCCUCUCCCUCUUCGAUACUCUUAGUGUUAUCUUUUGGGCACCUGUCUAUGACAGAAUCAUUGUCCCAUGGGCAAGGAAAUUCACAGGCAAGGAGCGAGGCUUCACUCAGCUCCAACGAAUGGGGAUUGGCCUUGUCAUUUCUAUCUUCUCAAUGGUCACUGCAGGUAUUUUGGAGGUGGUCCGGCUCAAGAUUGUCAGGAAGAACAACUACUAUGAUCUUGAGUACAUCCCCAUGUCAAUUUUCUGGCAAGUCCCACAAUAUUUCCUAAUCGGAUGUGCAGAAGUUUUCACAUUCAUCGGACAGCUGGAGUUUUUCUAUGACCAGGCACCUGAUGCUAUGAGAAGCAUGUGCUCAGCCCUCUCACUAACUACUGUUGCAUUAGGCAAUUAUCUGAGCACUUUGCUCGUUACCAUUGUGAGUAAAGUGACCACAAGGGAUGGGAAGCUUGGAUGGAUCCCGGAUAACCUGAACCGGGGUCAUCUUGACUAUUUCUACUGGCUCUUGGCUAUCCUCAGCCUGGUUAACUUCUUGGUCUAUCUAUGGAUUGCAAGGUGGUAUACAUACAAAAAGGCAACUGGACGCCCUUAUUGACACUGUAAAUCCUAGGAACGCCAAGAGCAAGAUGCCCCCUUGAAAUUACCUACUGCUUUGGAGAUUUCAGUUUACUACAAUACUAUUUGUGGAAUUUGCUGAUUUUUUAAGAUUUACUCUUAGUUUGCUUGAUUGUUUUAAAGAAGAUUUAGUACUUGUAAAUAUUGUUACAUUAAAUUUAAUUCUCAAUCUAGUGCAGGGAUGACUGCUAUUUUUAAUUGGUUCAAAUUAAAUUGCAGAUAGUUUCUGUUUGA